AUGAAAGUGGAGUUUCAUGUGCUACAGAUACACUGUUUUGAUGCUGCUACGUUAGAGAGGGAGUAUACUCUCCUUACAAAUCCAAUAGUUACUGGGUGUUCUGGAUUUGGAGGUAUAGGCUAUGGACCUCUUGCAGUGGAACCCAGGUGGCUGGCUUACAGUGGAAGUCCAGUUGCAGUUUCAAAUGCUGGGCGUGUCAGUUCACAACAUCUCACCCCAUCUACAAGUUUUUCUGGUUCUUCUUCAAAUGGGAGCCUGGUUGCACACUAUGCAAAAGAGUCAAGCAAGCAACUUGCUGCUGGGAUUGUGACCCUAGGGGACAUGGGAUAUAAGAAGCUGUCAAGAUACUAUUCUGAGCUCUUACCUGAUAGCAACAAUUCUGCACAAUCAGGGAGUCCUGGCGUUAAAAUCAAUGGGACUGUCAAUGGCCGUUUUCCAGAUGCAGAAAAUGUUGGAAUGUUACCUGCGAGGAGAACUGAUUCUAACUUGAUCCAUUUGUCUCGACACAUGUAUCACUGUCAUUGCCAGAGUAUUGUCAGUAAAUCUGUUUUCACCCAAUUUAGGGCACAUAAAAGUCUGAUUUCAUCGUUAUGUUUUGAUCCUAGUGGGAUGCUUUUGGUGACGGCUUCAGUUCAUGGCCAUAACAUAAAUGUAUUCCGAAUAAUGCCUGGACCAUUGGGAAGUUCCUCUGGACCAGAUUCUGGUGCAUCUUAUGUACAUCUUUGUAGGCUGCAACGUGGUUUUACAAAUGCAGUUAUACAGGACAUCUGUUUCAGUGAUGACAGCCACUGGAUUAUGAUAAGUUCCUCAAGAGGGACAAGCCAUCUGUUUGCUGUAUCUCCUUCAGGGGGUUUAGUUAAUUUCCAGUCGUUUGAUGCUUGUUUUACCGAUAAAAAUUGUGGAUCAGGUGUUAUGACUAAGCCUGCUGCUGUACAUUGGCCACCAAAUUCAAGUUCACAGAUGUUUAAUCAACAGAACCUUUGUGCAUCUGGUCCUCCUGUUACCCUUUCUGUUGUUAGCGGAAUAAGGAGUGGAAACAAUGGUUGGAGAAGCACUGUAACUGGUGCUGCAGCCGCUGCAACAGGAAGGAUGAGUUCACUUUCUGGGGCUAUUGCCUCUGCUUUUCACAAUUGCAAGGGCAAUGAUUUACAUGCAGUUGUGUCUGGAUUAGUUUCGUCUUAUGACUCAGCUCCUGAAAGUGAUGCAAGAUUAUUAGUUGAAGCAAUCCAAACGUGGAAUAUUUGUCAGAAACAGAGUCGAAGAGACAGAGAAGAUAAUAGUGACAUCUAUGGUGAAAAUGGAUAUUCAGACGGCAGUAAAAUAUUUCCUGAAAUAAUAAAAAGGGAAAAUAGUGGCUACCUUGAGGCCAGGAGUUCAGUUGGGAAAAUCAGAGAUAUAAAAAAAUUUAGAUUUGACAGAAGAAUGAAAAAUCGAGAUAUUGCAAUGAAAAAUUAA